CCUCUCAGUCGGGGUGUUCUCUACUCCGUACUCAGGCUUCUCCUUCCUAAUUAAUAUACAAUUUUCUUUACAUUGUAAACAAAGCAAGUGAACAAUCCCGAUUGCUUCUCGGAAAAUCAACAUGAGCUCAUAUAGAGUACAGCAAACACUUUCCAAGAGCGAAAUGGACUCCGAUGAUGCCGUGACGAUCAAAUCGCAAUUUUCCGAGCAAUCCAUACAUUCGUCAUUCUUUGGAAUCAGAACUGAAGUGUGGAUUACGCCUCAGAAACGCGUUUUCCAGCUGUUGCUCGAUUACAAACAGUUCAAGUCAGCACGGACCAUUCAGCGGCAUGUGCGGGGAUGGCUCUGCCGUCUGCAGGUGGCCAAGAGAGCGGCGGCAGUCACCACCAUCAGCAGGUGGUGGCGUGGCUUCAGUGUACGUAAGAGCUACUACUCCCUGAUUGAGCAGAGAUUGCAGUCGAAGAUGUUGGCCCACUAUCACGAGCAGGCAACCAGGAUCCAGACGCUGUACCGAGGCUGGCGCACACGUCAGUUCGUGCAGGACUUCAAUGGCCUGCAGCUACUUCAGCUGCAGUUCGCCGAAGAUCUGAUCAGCUGCCUAGCACGACAUUUGCGGCAUCUGAAGCAUACCAAUCAGCUGCCAGGGGUUUAUUCAAUGCGCGAGCACGGAUGCCUCAGCAUGAUUGAGGAUCUGGCUCGCACUUUCAGCUACCGUUUCCACAACGGCCAGGUGCGGGCUUCAAUCGCCAAACGACGCUCAUACCUCGAGGACAUGCGGCGGGACUUCAUUAGGUCUGAGCAGUAUACAAUAACGCCCUAUCCAGGUCAUGGUGCUGUGCUGGGAGAGUGCACUGUACACGUGGAAAUCAAUGAGCCGGGCUUCUCCAAAGAAACCGAUAUUCGCGUGCAACGCCUCAUUCUGAUGUUUGAGAAGUCCAAGCGGGAUCCAGAAGUUUCCCGAAUUCAGGCAUCGCUGGCCUCCAAACUCCGUCGAGAUAUCGAGUCCUCUCUGAAGGCGCAGAAGGAGGAGAAGAUGAAGAAGUUCUGCAAUCAUGUCUUCCAUCGCAUAGCACCCGAACUGAAGACCAAAGAUAAUCGCCAUGGCAUCAAAGUGUAUCUCGAGGAAUUGUUGUACAACGCUGAGGAACCGAAUUGCCAUUGCAAGCCAAAGUUGGUAGAUAAUUCGUUGUGCCAUUAGCUGGCACUUACACAUACACACACACC